CCAAACAUCUAUCCUUAUUUUCAUUUCCCUCCUAAUCUUCACCCCAUUUCCCCAGCUCUUGCUGCCAAGGUCUUGCAACCCCUCUGACCAAUCCCCACCUCUUGCCGCCGUCACCACCACUUCCACAUUUUUCUGCUGUCACCAUCGCAACCCCUUUGCCGCCGUCACCACCGCAACCACCUCUGCUGCCGCCACCGUCACCACUCACCCACUAACAUCCAAAAUCGCCAUAUAAGCCUUUUGAGUAUUCACAUAGACACGGCUAGCUGAAGAUGGGAGGCAAUGUCUUAUGCUGCCAGCAAAAGCGGUUUUGGAUAAAAACGAAUGGAACUGGGACUCUGAACCCAGAACAAGUGACAAACUCCAUAACAAAGGAGGUUCAGGGCCACUUGACCAGGCGGAGAGAUUAUGACAGAGAUAGAGAGGAUAGGCGUAGUAGACGUCAGUCUCGUUCUCGCCCUCAUCCUCGUUCAAGAGCCAAAUCUGAAUGUAGAUCACGGUCUCGUUCUCGUUCACACUCCAAAAGGUCAAGUCCCUGGGGCCGCACCAGCCAUUCCUGGAAUGUUUCAGAACAUGUUUUCCUCGGCAUCGGGCCAGUUUGGUGGUCUUCAUGUCAUGCCGGUUCAAGUAAUGACUCAGCAGGUUUGUUUCUUUAUUUCUUCAAGGCGGGUUUAUGUUUGUGGUCUUUCUCCAAGAGCUAAUGAACAGGCCAUGAAGUGUUGUUUGAGUAAGGCCAAAGGGACGGGUGAGAAGAAUUUCCCAUGGAAGACGUGAACAUGUUUCUUGUCACGCAGAUGAUAAAAAGUUUGAACUUGACAUUUAGCGUGUUUUGCGUGGGGAAGACACAAGAACUACAUUGAUGAUUAGAAAUAUUCCAAAUAAGUACAUAUCUGCCAUGUUGUUGGCUGCAAUUAUGAACAUAAUCAAGAACUUAUGAUUUCAUUUAUCCCCCUCUUGAUUAUAAUGCAAGUAUUUAUUUCACUUUAUUUUCUUGUGUCACGUAAUUCUUCACUUUUCUUUAUGAGUCUCUUUUAUUGAUCCUUAUGUAACCUAGGAACUGUGCGCUUUGUUUAACUUCUGUUGUCUAGGACUGUUGGGUGGCAGGAAAUGGUAAUAUUUCAUUUAUGUUAGGUGGUGGAGCAAUACAAGCUGAGAUAAGAAGUUACCAUUUGCUCGUGACAGAUUGGUGGAGUGUUUUAUGCGGACAGUAGAGGCGUGGACAAACUCGAGGAAUUGGGCCUAAGUUUGGAAACGAAGAUGCUGAUGACGAAGAAGCGGAUAAUGGUAUGGAGACACAGUCACACAUAUUUGAUGUUGAAUUAUGACGUAUUUAUUAAGUAGUUUUAUGACGUGUUUGCGCCUUCAAAUGAACCCGGAUUGUGACAUUUGUGAUAUUUAUGUAGUUUAUGUUUAUUUAGUU